UGUUACAUUUUGACAGAUGUCUGCAUGCUUGUGUAACUUUUAUUAUUGAAAACAAAUCAGACUUUCAAUCAAAUUUUCAAGUGAAAUUCAAUAAAAUUUGUAUUAAAAUUAGCAUUAUUUUUGUUAAAAAUCAGAGUAAUGUGUGCUCUUAGAAAGGAGGCCCUAAAAUGGUACAAAACGCUACAGCGAACCAAGGAUCAGGUCUUUGCCGGUGACCAGAGGGCAAUUGAAGCUGCUCGGCAGCGAAUUCGGGAGGAAUACGUCAAAAAUAAAGACCUGACCAAUGAGAAAGAUAUCAAAGAAAAAAUCAAAAUUGCACAUGAUGUAGACCUUGAGCUGAGAAGUGCAGUCGUGCAGGCGGUCAAAAUCGAUGAUAACGUCUAUCAGGCAAAAAUAACUGAAGAAACUCGCAAGCUGGAAAACACGAUGUUCGAUCCAAACGCCGAAUUACCGCCUCCAAGGAGCAAGAAAUGUAAAUGAAGCAAUACCUGAUUUGUUAUGUAAAUAAAUAUUAGAUGAUUGAGUGGUGCUA